AUGGAGAACCCGCAAUUUACACCUCAAAACAUCUGUCCCCAUGAAGGUCAACCCAUCGUGAAUACGUCUUAUUUCUUAACAUGGUCUGGUCAACCCCAAUAUCAUUGUUCACUAAAACCUUUGUCUUAUGCUUCUAUAGGAGCAUCGUGCCCAACACCAGCACACCACACAACUCCUCCGUCUCAACCAUCCGUUGCUAAUGCAGAUUCUCAUUCCCAAGGGACACAAUAUUCGAGAAAGGGGCAAGCACCUGACACCAACCCUAAUACGCAUGCAUCAUUCGUUGAGGAUGAUGGUGACGAGGAUGCUGUAUUUGAGGAGGAUGAGGAAGAAGAGGAGGGUUAUCUUUUCACCGGACACGAAGAAGAAGACGAAGCCGAUGUGGAAAUCAACCUUGUUGAUGAAGAUAACGAUGCGCCAGAUGUGUUGGAUCCUUAUGACAUUGUGUAUGCCAAUGUCCCAUCCGAAACACAUAAGUUAGAGGCAGUGGAGAAUUGUGAGCACUGCAAUGCUAAGAAGUUUGAGUAUGAAACUCCAGGAUUUUGUUGUCGCAGUGGGCAAAUACAUUUAUCCACACCCGACACACCGCCUGAACUUGUGAGGCUGUGGUCAGCUUCAGAUGAUGAUGCAAGGCACUUCCGUUCUAACAUCAGAUUCUUCAACAGACAUUUCUCAUUUACCUCGCUAUAUUGUCACCUUGACCACAUGACCACAUACAUGCGAAAUGGAGGUGUGUUUACGUUCCGUGCCCAUGGUAAAAUUUACGACAAUGUACGUUCAUUUGGUAAAGAGGAGGGUACUGAACCAAGGCAUCUUGAGUUGUAUUUCCAUGAUGACGAUCCUUCACUAGAGCUUCAUUAUCGAAGAUGUCGAGAGGAAUGCCUAAGGAAAGACAAGGAAGUCAUCGACAGGUUGGUUGCGAUCAUGCGGGGCAACCCCAUACUCAGAGCAUCUUAGGACUAUGGGUACAAUUGAUGAUCUGGAUGAUUAUCGUGUGGAAUUGAAUCUUGACCAAAGGUUGGACUAGCGAACCUACAAUGUACCUCUCACGUCAGAGGUUGCUGCAGUUUGGAUAGAGGGUAGCGAGCGACAUGGGCAGUUCGAGAAUAGUGUUGUACUCCAAGGGAAGGAUAGGUCUAUUCACGGCAUUCGAUCAUACCAUGGUUGUUAUGAUGCUCUGUCGUACCUAGUAUUCUUCCCUAGGGGUGAGCUUGGGUGGCACAAUUACAUCCCAAAGGUGGGAGUCUCAAUGGAGCAAGUAAAUGCUACUCGUGAAGACCGUAAGGCACGUGCAGGCGGCGAGGUUCUAGGUACAUUAUCGAACGCAUUUAUUUAUUAUUUAUUUUGAAGACUUUUUUGGAUGGUUUACUAAUUACAGUUACAUUCUCCAUUCGUGUAGGGAGUUCUGGGAAUUUAUGCAUAUUAGUGCAGAACAACUACUGCUACAAAUUUCAAAUGUGUCCUGGCAUUUUUAACCCAAUACUUUUCGGCAAGCGACUUUUUUAACAAUUUGUUGUUGAUACAUAUGUUAAGAUUGAAAGCUCUUGAUUAGAUUACAUCAGAAACAAUCCGGACAAUAUUAGAGCCGAUCUGUACCAAGGUCUUGUCGAUAGUUUGAACGCAGGUGAGGGCCGAGGCGAUGCUGUUGGAAGACGUACUGUUCUUUCUAUGU